UGCCAGGUAGGCAAUGCUCCUCGGUGUAGUUGCGGUAGGCACCCCUCUCGGUGCGCCCAUACCUCCCAGCAUGCACAGCGAGACAUGAAUGUUCAGGGAUUGCACUGAAAACAUGAAGAAAAAGUAGAAGACACAGAAGAAUGCUUCUCCGAAACCGAUUUCUCUUACUGCUGGCCUUAGCUGGACUGCUGGCCUUUCUAAGCCUCAGCCUGCAAUUCUUUUCCAGAUGGUUGCCUGUCAGUCUGCAGCUUAAGACUGAAAUGCAGGUGUUUCCAGAGUUCCCGGUGCGUCUGAUCCAAGUUGGUCAAGGCAGAGAGGAAGGUCUGGGUGCCAAAAACCGGAAAAGAAUCAUGCCUGAGCCUUUGACAGAGCCACCUGCAUUAAAUCCACUCUAUGAAGCAAAUCUCUAUUGCAAUACUCCGGGAGCCAAAGAAAGAAGCAUGGAAGGCCAUGCUCCUCCCAAUUUAAAGUUGUUGUCUGUACAAGUAAUUAUCCGGCAUGGAGACAGGUAUCCAUUAUAUACCAUUCCCAAAACCAAGAGACCUGAUAUUGACUGUGUACUUGAACCAGGCAGGAAACCAUCUCAUCCUCAUUUGACAGAUUUCAUUAGCCAUAUGUCAAAAGGAGUAGACACACAAAUGGAUGGCACCUUGGGCAGCUUGCCUCGCUUACCCAACCACAUUCUGUGUGAAAUGGGAGAGCUGACUCAGACAGGUGUAGUGCAACAUCUCAGAAAUGGGCAGCUGCUGAAGGAAAUCUACUUGAAGAAACACCGACUCCUAACGAGUGCAUGGACUGCAAAGCAUCUCUAUUUCGAAUCCACUGGAAAAAGUAGGACAUUGCAAAGUGGGCUGGCCCUGCUUUACAGCCUUCUGCCUAAUUUUGACUGGAAGAAAAUAAAUGUUAAGCACCAAUGGAGUACAAUAUUUUGCUCUAACCACUGUGACUGCCCAAUGAGGAACCAUUAUCUAGAAGAAGAACAGCGUCGCCAGUACAAUUUUCGAGUGAAGAACAGCCUCCUAGAGAAGACCUACAUAAAUAUGGCCAAAAUAGUAGGUAUCCCCACUAGGCAGUUAAGGGCCUCAAACCCUAUAGACUCAUUACUGUGUAAUUUCUGCCACAAUGCAACCUUUCCUUGCACCAAAAAUGGCUGCAUUGACUUGGAGCACUUUAAAGUCAUCAAGACACAUCAACUGGAAGAUGAAAAAGAAAGAUAUGAAAAGCAACUUUAUUUCAAAUAUGCACUGAUGGCAACCCAUCCUCUUUUGAACCAGACGGCCAACAGAAUGCUCCGUAUUGCAGAAGGCAAAAAGGAUGAGCUUUUUGCUUUGUACUCUGCCCAUGAUGUGACCCUCUCCCCUAUAUUGAGUGCUUUGGGUCUCAGAGAAGCCAGAUUCCCAAGAUUUGCUGCUCGCUUAGUUUUUGAACUGUGGCACGACCCAGAGAAAGCAAACAAUCACUAUGUGAGGGUACUGUAUAACGGGGAAGAUGUUACGUUUCAGACCUCUUUCUGCCGAGAUCAGCUAAGGAGUUCAAAGCGUCCCCUGUGCCCGCUUAAAAAAUUUUGCACUUUUGUCCAGAAAGAUAUGUUUUCAUCCCUUAAUAGCACAAGCUACUAUGAUGCUUGCCAUCAGCGGCUAUUUUGAAAUUUUUAGAAUGUAAAGAACAAUUUGACUGGUCUUGGUAAUUUCUUGUCGGUAACAUCAGCAUUAGGUACUCUCUCCUUUCUGCCAUGGUUUCAUAAAAAUGGAACUUAUUUAGUGUGGUUUUUGUUUAAUUUCCCUUAAUUGGCCUUAAAAAGUAUGGCGGCAUUGCUAAACAUGUUCACUGAACACCCUGCUCUGCAUAUCUGUUUUUUUACAUGAGUGGGAGUUUCCUUAUUGCUUAACUCAGAGGCACCUGUAUGUUCAAAACAGUUUUACUGCUCUAGUGGAAAAUGACUGACAAUUUAAUUAACAUGGCAGCUCCCUAUAAUGUAAUGCAAUGCAGAUAUACAGUUAUGGUUUGCUUUCAUACUUAAUUGGCUGUUAAAAAGAAAACUGGGUAUGUUUUAACUUUACUACAGUUCUGUUCUGUAUCAUUGCUGUGUUGACAGCAAACACCAUCAGUAUGCUGUUACAUCACUAAUAUGGCUGCUAUACUGUAUUGUCCUGAUCUAGAGACCGUGUCAGUUACAUGACUAUCCCUUUUAGUCUGGUUGCAGACUAUACCAGCAAUGCUUGAUCCAAACACCCAGUUCAGACGCCAAAUAUCUGUUUUGUUCCUAUAAACUUAUUGAAAAGCUAUUUUAAAUAAGCAAGGAAAUUGUUUAAUAUUUGGAUGAAGGAAGGUUUGCCAUCCUAGAUAGUACAACUUCCCUUUUAUUUAGGACAUUUAAAAGUGAAUAUUGGCAAACCUCACUUAACCAGUGAAGAGACAUUGGUAUGAUCUGUAAAUCAACAUUAAAGAAUGGUCAUUGACAGUAGUGCUGCCAUGAAAACUCUUGGGGCCCCGUACGACUGAAUAGUUGGGGCCCUCCUCUGCUUGUUACUGGCACAGCAGGCCCUUUUUAAGCUCCACAAGGGCCCAAAAUAGUGCCUUGCCUGCCUCAGUGUUGGGAGGGGGGGGGGGAAAUAUAAAAGAAAAAUUGCUGUCCAGGGUCCCAAGCCUAAAAUUUCCUGUUUCCACCUUAUGGCAGUCCUAAGAAGCUUUGUAGCAAACUAACUUUAUCCAAGAGGGUGGGGAAAGUAUCCUUUGUAAAUAUAUCAUGGUUGUUUGGUGCUUUUACCUUGUGAAAAGUCUCAUAGUGGUGAACUGACAGCUGGUUUAUUUUUCUAUAAGUAAUAUACAGUAAGUGUUUUUACCUCAGUGGCUUCUUGGAGGCCGUUUGGUAUCUUACAUAGACCUUUGUAGCAGUUUUACGUGCAAAUAUUUUUAAAUACAAGUACAUCUAGCACCCAAGCUACUGUUAUCUGGACAUUGCUUGAAAUAAUGGGAACUUUUUACUGGAUAUUAUUGAGUACAUUCAUUGAAUUAAACAGUUCCUUUUGUUGUUUACUUAGAUAUUUAUAUGAUAUUGCCUAAUAUUAAGCCAUCCAAUUGCAGACCUUCCAAACAGGUAUAAUAGAAGUAUCCACAGAAUUACAUUGUAUAGUAUUAGUAUUUUGGCUCUGUCAGAGCACUGAAUGUAUUUUCAGGUUAAUGACAACAUUCCAAAUCAAGAGAGAGCCAUUCAUGUGCACAAUGGUGCUUUUAGGAAUCCUGUUUUAUCUGCACCGUGAAUUUGUACAUAGCAUUGUCUUUUGAAGCUUGUGGAAAAUAUUUAGCCCUGGGCAUAAGUAGUACAGCAAAUAACUAAAAUGUCAAUACAAUAAUGGAACUCCCAGAAAUGGAAGACAUAAUUCAGUGCAUAAAUGAUUUAGCCACAUGUUUAUUUAGGAAAAGACCAAGCUUUCAUAUAUGCUAAAAUCCACAACGCUGACCAUUUCUGUUACCAAUAGGGCCAAAUGACAUUUUGAUACAGUUUUGAUACAUUUGAGACUAUAAAACUGGGCAGAACACAGUGUCAUCGUCGUGGCCCCUCCCCCCCCCCUGCUUAUUGCAUACCAGCUGUUUCAGCCACCAAAAACUGUUCCCACCACCCUGCAGGUUAGGUGCAGGCAACAGGAUACAUGCGGGCUGUGGCCCAUCAGGAUAUUCCUGGUGUCUUGCUAGCCCAGUCUGACUCUGGCAGGACAGAAAAUGCCAUUUCUCAGAGGUUGCCUCUUGGCUAGAAAUGCCUUUUGGUCAAAUUAAAAAAACUACAUAUUAUCAAUUAAAAAAACUGAUGAAUCUUUAUUAUUUUGGAUUUUUUCUUUUUAGGAAUAUUCAAUCUGUUGUAUAAAUUGUAAUUCCCAGAAUCUGACUCUCCUUGGGUCAGAAACACUUAAUCUCUUGUUUAAAACCAGUUACUGAACAGGAAAUCCGAGACACAAAAAUAAUGUAUACUGGGAAGUGUCUUUAUUUUUAAAGUGGUAAAAAAUCUUUUGCUGUUGCCUUAUUUAUAAGGCACUAUGAUUCAACCCAAGAAUUACAGUACAGGUCAACUUCCUGGCAGUCAUGCAAUAACACUCACCUAGGCCUUGGCGUCUGCUGCUUUCUAUGUCCCUUGAUCCUUCUAGUAUUGCCACUUUACUCUGUUUUCGUCCCCGAGUUCCAGGAUUGCAGUACUUGCACAGGGAUACUUCACUGUAAGCAAAAAACAUGGUAACCCCUUGUUUGUGCUAUCAGUUAUGGUACUUGUCUUUAUAUCAAAUCACAGCUUUUAUAUUCCUUUUGUUUCCAGUACUGUGGUCUGGAUCUGGGAAGGGAGGCUCACAGCCCAGAUGGUUUAGUCCAAGCUUCUUGCCUCACUUUUUUUUUCUCAAAGGCGAAUUAUUCACCAUUUCUGAAGUACAGAACAUGUCCCUUUUGAAUUAUUAGGAGGUAUUAUUUACACAGAUGCAAAUGCCUUUGCCUUAGAAAUGGUGAAUAAUCAAUGUGAAAAUGAACUGCUGUGCAUUCUCGAGCCAACAUGAUCAUUAAUAUAAAAUGUAAAUUUAAUAAUAAAACUAGCCUUUGUAGCUUUAUGUUUCUAGUUGAACUGACAUCCUGUAAAUGCCUGCAGGGUGUCCAUUUCUACUGUCUGUGCUGUCUGUCUGCUAGACUAGAGUGUUGGUACUUCAGUCUGUUUUUAUAGCAUUUUUUUAAUGUCUGCUUACAGCAAUAUGUAUCAAGGUACGUCCAGUCCAACACAACAAGGUUUGAAGUCUUUUGUGCUUUUUUUUAUUAUUUAUUUUUGAAACUGCAUUAGAAUAUAUUGGUACCAAUAAAACAGCAUUUGAAAAAAAA